CACUGCCUCACUGCACCCACUGCUCUGCACCCACGGAGCCACAGGGCGAGCAAGCCUCUACCCAGGGAGCCACAGGGCAAGCAAGUCUCAACCCAGGGAGCCACAGUGCGAGCUAGGCUGCACCCAGGGAGCAACAGGGCGAGCUAGCCUGUACCCAGGCAGGAGGGGCAAUCUGCAACAGCCACUUGGAUCUAAUAUUGGGAAAUAUAACCAAAAAUGACAAGCCUGGCUGGAGCUAUGCCAAGAAUGAUGAGACCAGCGCCUGGACAGAAUUAUCCACGCGGUGGAUUCCCUCUGGAAGUGUCCACUCCUUUAGGCCAAGGCCGAGUGAACCAGCUGGGGGGAGUGUUCAUCAAUGGCCGGCCGCUGCCUAACCACAUCAGGCACAAGAUCGUAGAGAUGGCCCACCACGGCAUCAGGCCCUGCGUCAUCUCCCGCCAGCUCAGGGUCUCCCACGGCUGUGUCUCCAAGAUUCUGUGCCGGUACCAAGAGACCGGCUCCAUCAGGCCGGGAGCCAUCGGGGGAAGCAAGCCCAAGCAGGUGACUACACCAGAUGUGGAAAAAAAGAUUGAAGAAUAUAAAAGAGAUAACCCGGGUAUGUUCAGCUGGGAAAUUCGAGAUAAAUUACUUAAGGACGGAGUAUGUGAUCGAAAUACCGUUCCUUCAGUGAGCUCUAUAAGUCGAAUUUUGAGGAGCAAAUUUGGAAAAGGGGAAGAUGAAGAUGUAGAAAUGGAAAGAAAGGAGCAGGAGGAACACGAAAAGAGGACAAAACACAGCAUUGAUGGCAUCCUAAGAGAGAGAGCUCCCUCAUCUCCUCAGUCUGAGGAAGGAUCUGACAUUGACUCGGAGCCAGAUCUUCCCUUGAAAAGGAAGCAGAGGAGAAGCAGGACCACAUUCACCGCAGAACAACUAGAGGAACUAGAGAGGGCAUUUGAAAGAACCCAUUACCCUGAUAUUUAUACACGUGAGGAACUGGCUCAGAGAGCUAAGCUGACCGAAGCAAGAGUGCAGGUGUGGUUUAGCAAUCGUCGGGCAAGGUGGAGAAAGCAAGCAGGAGCUAAUCAACUCAUGGCCUUCAACCAUCUUAUCCCAGGGGCCUUCCCAUCAGCAGCAAUGCCAGCAUUGCCAACCUACCAGUUAACAGAGUCUUCAUACCAGCCAACUUCCAUACCACAAGCUGUGUCAGAUCCCAGCAAUACUGUUCACCGACCCCAGCCUCUGCCUCCAAGCAGCGUUCACCAAAGCAGCCUUCCUUCCAACUCUGAGAGCAGCUCGGCCUACUGCCUGCCCAGCGGCCGGCAUGGAUUUUCUACCUACACCGACAGCUUUGUGCCCCCAUCUGGACCUUCCAACCCUAUGAACCCCGCCAUUGGCAACGGCCUUUCACCUCAGGUAAUGGGACUCCUGACUAACCACGGUGGAGUGCCUCAUCAACCUCAGACGGAUUAUGCCUUAUCACCUUUAACUGGAGGUCUGGAGCCCACCACUGCUGUAUCAGCAAGCUGCAGCCAGAGACUAGAUCACAUGAAGAGUUUGGAUAGUCUAUCAACAUCACAGUCCUAUUGCCCACCUACCUACAGCACAUCAGGAUACAGCAUGGAACCCGUAACAGGCUAUCAGUAUGGACAGUAUGGACAGAGUGCCUUUCAUUAUCUGAAGCCAGACAUUGCAUAAAAGCAGUUCCUCCAGAAGUAGUGAUAUAUUCAGAAGCUUGGGUAGGAUGGAAAAAUCUUAUCAAUUCAUAGACCCAUCUGGGGUCCAACUGCAAGACAGAGACAAAAAAGCAACAAUGGACAUUUCUGCUUUACUUUGCGGAGAGUGUAGUAUGUUUCAUGGGAGAUGCUUCAAUGCAUAUGGGUGUUUAUUGCUGUGCUGGACGUACAGUCUUUAUGCUAAAUGGACAUAUCUGACUCCAGGAACUGAGGAAGCAUUCGUAUUUCAGAAGCCACACACCGUUUACAACUCAACAGAGAUCUGACUCAGUCUCAUAAACUGCAUUGUUGCCUGUGCCCUCACCAUUGGUUUCACACAAAGAAGAUUAAAGGACAAACCGUAAACAUAACUGAGUUAGGGAGCAUGUUGGAAAACAAUUUCUUUUAAUCCUUUUUGCCAUUAAUGACAACUCAGACAUUAUGUAUAUCCGUUUUGGGAACCACUAGAAAUUAAUAGAAUAAUGGGACCUUUUUCAUGUUGCACAUGUCCACAAGAAAGGUUAAGAAAAAAAGGAUAUACAUUUCUUUGUGCCCAGUUAUCUUAAAGGAUAGUCGUUGCACAGCUUGAUUUGGCUAAAUCAAGGGUGUUCAAACUAUGGCACACCAGAUGAUGCUGGACUACUGAUCUGGAAGGUCAGGUUUGGCCACUUUUAGACUAAUUAGAUGGCAUUCCAGUUUUCCGGAUAACAUCACAUCCGAUGGGAUUGUAGAAUAGCCAGUAUUAACAGAUAUCUUAAUUAAAUAAAUGUUAUUUUAUGGUUAUACAAACUAAGAAAAAUGAUCACUUAUUUAGAUAAUUGACAAAUUAAUUUGGAGUUAAAAAAAAGUCAUAAUCAUGUGAGGAUAACCCAAUGCAAAAUUUUACGGCUGACGAUCAAUGUGCAAUACCAUACCUCACUUCAACCUUCACCUACUUGGCCAUGUCUUGUGAAUUCAGAUGAUUUGUAUUUUAUUUUAUUUUUUUGUCAUUUUGUUCAAUGAACUUUCUUGAGCUUAGUUAGAUAUGUUUUUCUAUAAAAGAAAACUAUUUUCUAGUAAGGUAAAAAAAAAAAACAUUCCAGCAAUUCAUCUGUCUAUUGUUAAGUACUGACCAUUUAUCUUGAAAGGAUUUGGAUAGGACGUAACUGUUCUGAAACUCAUCAAUCGGUUCCAUAUUAAGAUAGCCUAUUUAUGUGCCAGAAUUCUAAACUAGUGGUGAUUUAUUUAUGGUAAAUAAUUUUCUCUUUUGCGUAUAACUUGGUUUGUUUGCACAACCAGUCUUAGGCCAGUUGUAAUCAUCAACACACCU